AUUGUGUUGUGUCUUUUGGAGGCAGCCCUUAUCCAGGCUCAGUAUUCCUGGUUGGGAACCGGCCAAAAGACUGAUGACACUGGUCCUGAAGAUCCGUGUCUCACAGACCGGGCGUCGUGUGGCUGCUGUCUGAUGCAGCAACAGGUACACAGGAUGAAGAAGUUCUUCAACAUGAGCCUCAAUGAGAUGGAGCAGGAACUGACGAAGACAAAGAAUAUCCUCAACAACAUCCGAGCCAGCCGCAGCGCCUUCUCCGUCUCUAUGACCAGUCAAAGCAAACUGAACUGCUACGGCCCCUUCCGCGACGACAGGCUCAUCGUCUACAAACACAUCUUCAUCAACCUGGGCGGCAGCUACAGCGACAAGACCGGCAUCUUCACUGUCCCGCGCUCCGGCGUCUACAGCUUCGCCCUCACCGUCUACAGUGACGCCGGCUCUCCUGGUAACACCUUGGCUGCCUGCGCAGGUCUGCUGGUGAAUGGCCAGGUGGUGGCAGGACCCAGAGAAAAGAAUAUGCAAGACCAAGAGGACAGUGCCACCAUUGUUGUGGCCCUCCACCUGAAGGCUGGGGACAAGGUGGCUGUCAACCUGCCCAUUGGAUGUUUCCUCUGCGACGACAGCAGCCACUAUAACACUUUCACGGGUUUCCUGCUGUAUGCUACUGACUAAUUAAGGGGAAUGUAGCUGCUCUGUGAUUUGUACCAACUCUUAUCUUAUUGAUGAGGUUUGAGUCCCACACAUUGAGUCUGUCUGUGGUGACAGUUCUCGUCUGUAGCCCUUUAAUCUAUCUGCCCUUUUUUACUCUCAUCCACCUUGACAAUUCUUUGUUUCUGUUGUUCGUCAUGUUCCACUGACAAAACAAGGUUUAAUUCAGUCUUUUCAAACAUAAAUAACUUCAAAAUGUUACAUAUCUGUGU